GGCCAGUUCCACCUUCUAGUUCUGGAGCUGGGCGUGGGGCUGAAGCCCCGGGAUGGGGGUCUGCACUUCUCCCCACAUACCCUGCGACCCCCCACCACCCUCACUACCGUGGUCUGCAGCAACGGGCAAGGGAGGGCGGCGGGCGAGGCACUGCAGGUUCCUCCCGCGCUCAGCACUCCCAUCAUGUGGUUUCAUACCCCCUGGACUCAUUUCCAAAAAAGCAUUUCCUCCUGCUGCGGUUGGGUGUAAAAGCCUGUCUGGGGAGGGUUGGCGCUCACUCGCCACGCGUCGCGUGCUGCUGACGGCAGCCGUGGGGUGCCGGGGCACCCUGCCCGGGCACGGAGCUGCCCCGACACCCCACUGCACCUGCUGCCCUGCUCCCCUCACCGCCCCGGCAUGACCCAGCCGCAUCGGCCACAAGGAUGAAGUGUUGCUGCCCUGGGGUGGCUUGGGUGAGUGCGGUGGCCUGGGCGUCCCAUGGAGCCCUGGCACCAAUUGCGGGGUGUCCCACGGCUGUGGCCGUAAUGGGUGUGGAGGAGGGAGGGCGGAAGGUGGAUUAACUCCAGUGCCAAGCGUGCCAAAACUGCUUACCCCUCUGUCUAACUGGGUGUGAGCUCUGCUGCACCUAAACAUUGACGGUGUGGCGUGACCGUAAAGAUCUCGGCCGCAGCCCGGAUGCGGCCGUGGGGUCACUCGUGGGGCUCCAGCAGGGCAGUGCCACGGGGAGUGGCUGUGCCCACAGUCUGCGGGCGGCUGCUUUCGGGGCUAGCCAGGCGCACGGGUGGUGGCCCUGGCACACGAGCACGGCGGCGGCCGCGUUACCGAGGAGGGCAGAGAGGGGCUGGCACGGCACAAGCGGCGCUGGCUCUCCGCUGCUCAGCCAGCCCUGAGCCUGCCCCGUGCCCACCGGGCAGGGAGGGCCCCGCUGGGCACGGUCGUGCCUCGGCGGUGACUCAGAUGUGCCGCUGGCAGCCGGGGCUGGGGCAGCGCCCGGAUCUGCCGGCAGCGCUCGGUGAGCGGGGCGGCCCAGCGCGGUUUCCAGUCCGCCGGUGGCGGCGGGUUUAGUAGAAAAUGAUUCAACUGCCGUAAUCGGGGCCAUCACGGCUGGGAAAUCCAGCCCCCAGCGAGGAAUCCCCUGGCUCCCUGCCCACACUGUCAGUGCCGCGGUCCUCUCAGCCCCCGGCCCGGCCUGUGGAAGGGGUGGCAGCGUGGGCACUGCUCGCUGCGCCCUGCGGGGCUUCCAGGGGAGCAGGGCUGCUCUGCGGACAGCACCUGGCACCCCGCGGGGGAGCAGUGACCUACUUUGGGACGCGCGUAACGGGGCGCGAUAGCAUCGAGGAGAGCGUGAGCCAGGCACGGCUUCCUUUCGGGGAGGAAAUCACCUCCUCUGCGAGGGAGAUAAACCCCAGGAAAGUCAAAGCUGGCAGCGUUAACCCUUACGCACCCGGCUACCGACACCUCCCUGAGCUGGCGAUCUCUGGCACCACCAGCAGUCCGUGUGCCUGACUCGCUGCUCCCCAUCCCUGGGGACAUGGCAGGGGUCCUGUUGGUCGAGCAUCUCGGUGCCAGCCUGGAAGCACCAUUUGCAGAGCACACGGGGGGCACCUGAGAGUCCCCUGGGCACAGCCUGUGGCACAGUGGCCCCCACAGUGCCAGCAGGAAGUUGCUUGCUCGUGUUCUACGGGGAAAGCAGAGCACGGGGGCUGCCACGGGGCAUUCCCAGCCCUGGGGCAGCACACCCACGCGGCUUUGGGGCGGAGGGCCGCGGCUUCAGCCGUUCAGCCUUGUGCAGGCACCGCUGUCCGCACAUUUCCAGGUAUGGCUCUGGCUCUGGUAGCCCAGCAUGAGCUGGUGUGAGGGCUGUCCCCAAGGGUGCAAGGCUCCCGGAGCAACCCGUCUGCCUGCAGCCCUGCUCUCUCCCUGCUUGCAGGUGACCUUGGCAGCGCUGUGGCUGGCAGCCAGCGAACUGCAGCCCCCAGGGUGGCGGGACCGCACCGUGCUGCGAAGGCAGCGGGUCCUGGUGCAGCCAAUCCUCCGUCUGCGGAGACAUACCGACAGACGCCCGUGCCCUGACGGCAUGAACUGGGUCGAGACUACUCGCCGGUGCUGCUCUCAGUGUCCCGCAGGGACAUUCAUGUCCGAGCCCUGCACAAGCCUGAAGGAGAGAGAGUGCCAGCCCUGUCCCGCCGGCACCUUCCGCACCCAGCCCAACACCCUCAGGGAGUGCCAGGCUUGCUACGAGUGUGACCGACAAGCUUUCCAGAGUGUGCUGACCAACUGCUCGGCCACCACCAACAUCGCCUGUGGCUGUGAGCCCGGCCGAUUCCGUCUCUGCCUUGACAAGCAGUGCAGCGAAUUCUCUUGCCAGAAAUGCCAGUCCUGCACUGGGCGCCUCAUCCAGAGACCCUGCUCGGAGGCACAGGACACACUUUGCGACAGCAGCUGCAAGCCUGACUUCUACAGAGAAGGUGACGAAUGCCGGCCAUGUCAUAUGAGCACCCAGGACACAUGUGGCAAAGAGUGCCAGCAAGUGUGUAGCAGCAACAACAACCAAGGCUCAGGUCUGGAGUACAUCCUGCUGGGACUCACUGGGCCUCUCUUCCUGGGUGCCCUUGCCAUCUACCACAAGAGGAAGAGGCUCUGGCAUGAUGUCCUGGCAGGUGGUCCCCGCCCCACGGCACAGGCAGCCACCUCAAUGGCCGGGGCUGCAGGCACACCAUGGUGCCAGUUCAAUGCCCAGAGGUGGGACAACCUGUGCUGGACCCAGCCAUGGUCCCCGCAGGGGACAGAACGUGCCACUGGCACAGCAAAGCAGAGCCCCAAACACCCCUUGCUGCCUGAGCCACCCAGUGACGAAGGGGAGCCCUCUGCACCCCUGGAGCCCCGCGGUGCCUUGCUGCAGGGCAGCCAACUCUAUGCUGUCAUCGAUGUGGUGCCAGUACGGCGUUGGAAGGAGUUCAUGCGGAUGCUGGAGCUGCGGGAGGCAGAGAUUGAGCUGGUAGAGCUGGAGGUGGCCCACAUCCGCGACCAGCAGUACGAGAUGCUGAAGCGCUGGUGCCAGCAGACCAGUGCCACACUGGACCACGUCUUUGCCGCCCUGGAGCGCAUGGAGCUGGCCGGCUGUGCUGAGGCACUGCGCCAGAGUCUGCCCCUGGGACCCUGAUCCCCAGCGUCAGCACCCUGGCACAGGGAGGUCCCGACACCUCCACAUCUCACUGGGCACCUCAUCCCAGCCAUACCCCUAAGUAUUGUUACUUAUGCCGUGUAGACAUUUUAUGUCAGUUUUAUGUCCCCUUCCCACCUGCCUGUUCCUUCUAUUUAUGUCCUCCUGCUCCCAGGGCCAGGGAGGACCCCAUGCCCCAGCACGUUGGCUGCCCAGCCACUCGCGGGACGAGCAGGCGCCGAGCCCACCGCGAACCCAUGGGAUAGUUCUCAAGGCUGCCCGCCGCCGGGCGCUCCUUCCCCCUCCCCAAUAAAGUGGUGUGUUCUCCA